AUGCCUGAAGCAGCGCACAUAGCUCCGUCGACGCAGACUCUGACCCCAGAGGAAGCUGAAUCUUAUUACUUCAAAAUCAACCCAGCACCCCCGUCAUUGCAGGAGCACCAUGAGCUGGCAAAGGAGUUUAUUGACAGACAUGUCAAGUCAGGUCGAAGAUUGGUCCUCGUCACGUCUGGAGGGACAACGGUGCCUCUUGAAACGCAGACGGUCAGAUUUGUGGAUAACUUUUCAGCUGGUACGCGUGGAGCUACAUCUGCUGAAUACUUUUUACAAGAAGGUUAUGCUGUGAUCUUCUUGCAUCGACAGUUCAGUCUUCUUCCAUACUCGAGACAUUUCAGUCAUUCGACAAAUUGUUUCCUCGAUUUCAUGGAUGAAGGCAGUUCGUCAUCGACAACAUCCUCGAGCUCGACUGGGAAGAAUAAUAACAACGAGAACGACCACGGUCCUAUAAUUGUUCGAUCUGAAUAUCAAGAUGAAAUGCGGAAAGUGCUACGACAAUACAACUACGCUAAAGCUAACAAUCUUCUCCUUGUCCUCCCUUUCGUCACGGUGACGGAAUAUCUAUACGAGCUUCGAUCGUUAGCAUAUCUCAUGAAACCACUUGGCCCUAACGCACUCUUCUACCUCGCUGCAGCCGUUUCCGACUUUUUCAUUCCAAGAGAUAGAAUGGUAGAACAUAAAAUCCAAUCGUCCAACGAGCCUCCUGUCAAAAAGGAAAACAAGGAUCAAACUGGAACCGACUCUAGCAUUCCUCCCGACUCAAUCUAUACCGGCUUUAACGAUCCUGUGCCACCAACGCACGGUAAAAAGCUAAUUAUCGAUCUCGACCCUGUUCCUAAGUUCUUACAUAGACUUGUUGACGGAUGGGCACCAGCCGGCAGCAUGGUAGUCAGCUUCAAACUCGAAACCGAUCCAGACUUAUUAAUUUCAAAAUCAGAGCAAGCCUUGCAACGCUACUCCCACCAUCUGGUGAUUGGAAACUUGCUGUCAACCCGAAAAUGGGAAGUUGUGUUUGUGAGCCGAGACAAGGCGACCGGAGAGUUUGGAUUGAAGUGGAUUCGUGUUCCAAAGUCGAGUACUCGGAUGAGAAAGGGAAGUGUGGCGGCGAGUGGAGGUGGGACACAUCUGCAGCCCGAUGUGGAAAUCGAAAGUUUGAUCAUUCCAGAAUUGAAGAAAGCACAUUCUCAAAUGAUCGAAUCCGCCGCGAAAGGCACACACGAGGGGAAGUGA